AUGAGUUUGCCAGCGAGCCACAAAUGUCCUCAAGAAUACUUUGAAGAGUGCCUGAAUUUUUUAAUAGAAUUUGAACAUUUGUACAAUUUUCCAAACACUGACAUCCUGAUCGAGAACACAUUGGAUAAGAUUGAUAUACGAGGACUAGAACCUGUCGAUGUUUUAGACGAGAGCUUUACUUUAGCUAACUUCUUAUGCAACGAUUACUUAAACAAUUUGUUUUUUAAAUUAAACAGAUUAGAAAUAAACAAUAUGGAAUUUGUGGCAGAUACGGAUUCUGAACUUCUCGUGGAAGCUCCUAUAAGCCAGAAAAAGAAACACGAAAUAUUUUAUUUGGCCAAAGAAAUCGGAAGGAUUUGUAAGGACGUUAAUUGCAAUACCGUUGUGGAUUUUGGAUCUGGCUUGGGUUACUUAGACCAACAGAUUUUUAUGUCGAACCGGUUAAAUGUUUUGGCACUAGAAUGCAACGAAAGCCAUUACGCGGGGGCGAAGAAGCGACAGAGAAAAUACCACCAAGAUUCGAGGCAAAAUGUCAAAUUUAUCAAGCACACGGUCACUGAAGAUUCGAGAACACAUAUUGCGGAAUAUCUUAAAGAUAAGUUCGACGCAAGGAGCUUCUCGAUCUGUGGCCUUCACGCCUGCGCAGACUUGACGAUCGACGCCAUUCAUUUGUUUCAAAAAAUGGAAGACGCACGUGCACUAGUGAUUAUGCCAUGCUGUUAUCAUAAAAUGAAGCAAACGCGCGCGGGUGGUUUUGAAAAUUUCCCUUUGUCUAAACGUUUGAAGAUCCUCUACGAUACGUACGAAGGAUUCAAGUAUUUGAAAGUCCCGUUUUUGAGACUCGCGGCCCAACCGCCAAACAUCUCUCAAGAAAAGAUGGAAAAUUUAGUGUUUUCCUUGUUAGCGCGAGCUACGCUGCAGCUAUAUGCGCAUCAAAGGAAUCUUGUUCUAAAACGUAAGAAGCGGAAAGCGGUGCGUUUCAAUACAAGCCAAAACGAUUUCUCCUCGUAUCUAAAGAACGCUGCGGACCAUGGUUUCUAUUUGACUCACAAGGACAAUAGCGACUCUGGCACUCCCGUCUUUAAUCGAGAAGAACUGCUAUUAAGUUGGCGCAGACAUUCUCGAGACACGUUCAAGAGAGCGGCCGUGUUCAUAGCGUUGCAGAAUCGCCUUCAAUCAGUUUUUGAAAACUUUAUUCUGUACGAUAGGCUUUUAUAUUUAAGAGAAAAUGGCAUCCACAAUUGCGUUUUCAAAAGAAUCGUCAACGAGAAGAUAUCGCCGAGGAGCCUCGCCCUGAUCGCGAGAAAGUGA